ACCGACUCCCGAACUUGUUUUCUCAAAUUUCACAAACCAAAAUCAUUUUUAAUGGAGAACCGAUCAUACCUCAAUAAAAGAUCGGUGGCGACUCUCAUUCUCAUUUUUAAAGUCAAUCCCCGUUCUUAAAAAAAAAAAAAAGGUUUUGACACCUAUAUUAUAACACAUAAAGUUGGAGAAAUGGUAAUACAUGCAGCAGUGCUGAAAAGGCUUAAUGGACCUUAGCCUAUUGUCACAAAAAAUACAGGUAUUCAACAAGGAGAAUUAAGUGAUGGAGAUAAAAAUGUUGAUUCACUUGUGAUAGGUGAAGAAUUAAGUGCUGAAAUUUAAGUGUUUAAGGAGAAAAAGGAGGUUAAUACUUAGGGUUUUUCUUGAGAAAGGAGUAUCCAUAAUCUCUCAUGCUCUGGAAUAUAUAUAGAGGAGUCAUCCCUCGUCUUGUAGUGCCACGUAUCGUCUUGUAGUGCCACGUAACUGUUAGUACAGGAUAACCAUGACUGUGUGAUCGACUACGUGUAGGGAUGGCAUCCCUAUGAUCUCACAAACGAGACGCACAGAAUGAUCCUAUCCUCUAAAUUGGUCCCACGAGAGAUUGUGUGUGAACCGCUCUCAGCUUAUCUCUCGCGACCUGUCCUACUUAUGACAAUCUUGAUUGGCUCAUUUUGAUGGAAUUCUAAUUACUAACAAAGUAAUGGGUCCUAUAAGACACGAUUUUAGUGGCAAAUGUCGACAAAACUUUCAAGCUGGCCGUAUUCAAUUUAAAAUUUUCUUAAAACAAGAAGGAUGCACGUCAAGCAAGAAAAACUAUCAAGAAUCUGACAUAGGCGAGAGAAAGAAAUAAUCAAAAUCUGAAGGACGUGAAUAACUUCAACGUAAAAAGAUUUAAAAGAAUCCAUGGUGCAUGUCAAACAGAUGUCAAUUAAAGAUGUUAAUACACCGACAAACAAGUAUAACCUAGUAUUAUCACCGAUUUUCAUUUUAUGUUUAUUACAUCACUUGUACAAAAAAUCUACAAAAAGACCAGCUGAAAGAUCAAAUCAUUUUCAUUCACCUUUCUUCUUAGUUUGUUCUAUCUCUACUCGUUUCUAAGCAAAAUCCAGUUUGAGUGUUCAUUGCAAGGAAAAGCAAGAAAAAUGAGUAAAGGAGGGAAAUCUGAUCAAGAAGAUGGUGAAGAAAACAUGGCUGCUUGGCUUGUAGGUCUCAACACCCUCAAAAUUCAACCAUUCAAGCUCCCUCCUCUUGGACCCCAUGAUGUGAGAGUUGGGAUGAAAGCUGUUGGUAUCUGUGGAAGUGAUGUUCACUUUUUCAAGGCAUUGAGGCUUGCGGAUUAUGUGGUGAAAGAACCAAUGGUGAUAGGGCAUGAGUGUGCUGGGAUCAUAGAGGAAACUGGAAGUGAAGUGAAGGAUUUAGUGCCUGGUGACCGAGUGGCAUUGGAACCAGGGAUUGGUUGCUGGCGAUGUGAUCUUUGUAAGGAAGGUCGAUACAAUAUAUGCCCUGAUAUGAAGUUUUUUGGCCUUCCACCAUUUCAUGGUUCUCUUGCUCGUCAGAUAGUGCAUCCUGCAUAUCUGUGUUUUAAACUGCCAGACAAUGUCAGCUUGGAAGAAGGGGCUUUGUGUGAGCCCUUAAGUGUAGCGGUUCAUGCUUGUCGCCGAGGUAAUAUCAGUCCCGAGACCAACGUGUUGGUCAUGGGAGCAGGAUCUAUAGGUCUCGUUACACUACUAGCAGCUCGUGCUUUUGGAGCACCAAGAAUUGUCACCGUAGACGUGGACGGCAAUCGACUAUCAGUCGCUAAAGAACUAGGUGCUGAUGGAGUUGUUGAAGUCUCAACUAAUAUGCAGGACAUACCCAAAGAAGUUGAAACAAUAUGUAAUGUGAUGGGAGCAAAAGUGGAUGUAAGCUUUGACUGUGCAGGCCUUAGCAAAACCAUGUCGACUGCACUGAGUGUAACUCGAGCUGGUGGCAAGGUUUGCCUUGUGGGAUUAGGCCAUAACGAGAUGACUGUCCCACUCACACCUGCUGCCGCUAGGGAAGUUGAUGUUAUUGGGGUAUUUCGGUAUAAGAACACCUGGCCUUUAUGCAUUGAGCUUCUAAGAAGUGGUAAGAUCGAUGUGAAGCCAUUGAUAACCCACAGGUUUGGGUUUUCUCAGAAAGAGAUUGAAGAAGCUUUUGAAACCAGUGCUGGUGGUGGCAAUGCCAUUAAGGUCAUGUUCAAUCUGUGAUAUUCAACAAGAUUAAAGAUGCUAAUAAAACAGUGUCAUGUAUAACCUCUGGCAGUAUAUGUAAUAAAUUUGAUGUUUGAGUACCCUAAGAUGAGGUUGUUGCUAUUUGAAUUCAGUGCAAAUUAUUAGACCAGAUUAUUUCAAUGAUGUCAAUUAUCAAUCCUCUUUGUAAACCAGCAAACUCAUUGAUGUAACAUAAUAAAUAAUAUGGUCCAAAUAGAAAAUGUAAACAUAAUUUGUUUAA